GGCUGUGUUCCCUCUUCUAAGACACCUGCUAUCAGCUACCGCUUCUGCAACUUCGUCUAAUCAACCAAACAAGAUGGCAUCGGGCCUUCAAUUCAUUGUGCUCCUCUGUUUGCUCGGUGGACUGUGGACUGCAGCAGACGCAGGUAUCUGCAGACCGACCUGCCCUAGUGGUUGGAGUCGGUUUGGGAGGCGCUGUUUCUUGUUCUAUAACGCCAGGGUCGAAUGGGCUGCGGCAGAGCGUUACUGCACUUACCACAGAGCAAACCUGGCCUCGGUCCAUUCCAGAAAUGAGUACGCCUUCCUCAGACGACUUGUUUACUACAGGACACGUUCAAAUACACCAUUUUGGGUUGGAGGCACUGAUUCACAAAGGAACGGUCUUUGGCUGUGGAGUGACGGUUCAAGGUUCACAAAGUUCAGAUUGUGGUCCAGGGGUGAGCCUAACAAUAGCGGAGGACGAGAGGGCUGUAUGAUGAUGAACUUCAGAGGACGCUUGGUCAACGACAUGAAUUGUAGGACAAAGGUGGCCUUUGUUUGUGCCAGAAGAGCCUAAAUCUAUCCUGACAUUUCAGACGUGAUGAUCACACAUUCCUACUGAUCAUGUCCCUUCCAGCAUAAUGUCAAGCCUCGAUGGCAUCAUUGUUGGAAGAUAUAUACACUAAUCAAAUCUCACAACUGUGGUUCACUUUCCCCUUUGUAUCCUCUCUGAUCUUAUCAUUUCGCUUCGAUCAAUAAACGAAGAUCUAUCCUGCAGAGCAA